AUGCCAGCUGAAACGAAACAACAACAAGAAGUGCAGUCACAACAAACGGUCAACAAUAUCGCAGCGGUGUCGAUGCCAGCUGGAAAUCUACCGCAAACAGGUGAAUAUUACGUUUGUGUUGAUAAUGGAACGGCUCGAGUUUAUCAAUUGAGGAAAGGUUCUCUAGAGUCAUUAAAUCAAGUUAAUAUGCGAUAUCAACGAUCUCUUUUGGAAGAAAUUGGUGGCGUUAUUGAUAAAUUUUGUGACGUAAACACGGUGACAACGAGUUCGGGUGAGCGAACCAUUCAGGAAUGCGAUCCGAGCACUGUGGCCGGAGGUGCGGCAGCGUCGGCGCAGGUGGUGAGUGCCGUCGAAGUGCCGGCAGCCGUACAGCCGAUACGGGUCGUAACACCACCCAUCAUAUCAGUGGUCGCACAACCCAUUGCGAGUACCUCUCACCGCGAUAUCGAAAUCAAAACUGAGAUCAAAACCGAGGAGACGGUCGCUGACGCAACACAGAUGGUUGUCGCUAGUUCAACGGAACAACACCAACAGAUAACCACAUCCAAUAAACAGACAGAUCGUCGUGUGAGUAAUACCCCUUAUUUUGCUGAUAUAUUAUGA